GCGGGGGCUCCAGAGCGCCGGCCCCGAAUAAAGGCGGCGCGCUUGGCCGAAGCUCUUAGCCUGCCGACGAGUCGCUCCUGCCGCCCAGCGAAGCUCCCAGCCGAGACGCCCGCAGCCCCGGACGCCCAGCCCGCCGGCACGAUGCCGAAAACGAUUAGUGUGCGAGUGACCACCAUGGAUGCUGAGCUGGAAUUUGCCAUUCAGCCCAAUACAACAGGGAAGCAGCUCUUUGAUCAGGUUGUGAAAACGAUUGGCCUGCGAGAAGUUUGGUUCUUUGGACUCCAGUACCAGGACACCAAGGGCUUCUCCACAUGGUUGAAAUUAAAUAAAAAGGUUACUGCUCAGGACGUGCGCAAAGAGAGCCCGUUGCUUUUCAAAUUCCGGGCCAAAUUCUACCCGGAGGAUGUUGCAGAGGAGCUGAUACAAGACAUUACGCAGCGCCUGUUCUUCCUCCAAGUGAAGGAGGCCAUCUUGAACGAUGACAUCUACUGUCCCCCGGAGACGGCAGUUCUCCUGGCCUCUUAUGCGGUCCAGUCCAAAUACGGGGACUUCAGCAAGGAGGUUCAUAAGCCCGGCUAUCUGACGACUGACAAACUGCUCCCUCAAAGAGUUUUGGAACAGCAUAAACUUAACAAGGAUCAGUGGGAAGAAAGAAUCCAGGUGUGGCAUGAGGAACAUCGGGGGAUGCUCAGAGAAGAUGCCAUCUUAGAAUACCUGAAAAUUGCACAAGAUCUGGAGAUGUAUGGUGUGAACUACUUCAGUAUUAAGAACAAGAAAGGCUCAGAACUCUGGUUGGGAGUAGAUGCUCUUGGACUCAACAUUUAUGAACAGACCGACCGGUUAACACCCAAAAUUGGUUUCCCCUGGAGCGAGAUCAGAAACAUUUCCUUCAAUGAUAAGAAGUUUGUCAUCAAGCCCAUUGACAAGAAAGCCCCAGAUUUUGUCUUCUAUGCCCCCCGUCUAAGGAUUAACAAGCGUAUUCUGGCUCUGUGCAUGGGAAACCAUGAGCUCUACAUGCGCAGGCGUAAGCCAGACACAAUCGAGGUGCAGCAGAUGAAGGCCCAGGCCCGAGAGGAGAAGCAUCAGAAGCAGAUGGAGAGGGCUUUGCUGGAGAACGAGAAGAAGAAAAGGGAGAUGGCCGAGAAGGAAAAGGAAAAGAUUGAACGUGAGAAAGAAGAGCUGAUGGAGAAGCUCCGACAAAUUGAGGAACAAACUAAGAAAGCUCAGCAAGAGCUGGAGGAGCAAACGCGCAGGGCGCUGGAGCUGGAGCAGGAAAGGAAGCGAGCUCAGGAGGAGGCUGAGAAGCUGGCCAGGGAGCGGCAGGACGCCGAGGAAGCCAAGGAAGCUUUGUUGAAAGCCUCCAAUGAUCAGAGGGAGACCCAGGAACAGCUGACCACCGAGAUGUUGGAGCUCACCACCCGGAUCUCACAGCUGGAAAUUGCGCAACAGAAGAAAGAGAGCGAGGCGAUGCUGUGGCAGCAGAAAGCCCAGUUGGUUCAAGAGGACUUGGAGAGGACCAAAGAAGAGCUGAAGUCAGUCACCAGCACUCCGCACGUGCCAGAGCCCAUGCAGUCAGAGAAUGAGCACGAUGAUGAGCAGGAUGAGAAUGCCGCGGAGGCCAGUGCGGAGUUGCGGGCGCACGCCUCGAUCAAGGACCGCAGUGAGGAACAGCGCACCACUGAGGCAGAGAAGAAUGUGCGGGUUCAGAAGCACUUGAAGGCUCUCACCUCUGAGUUGGCCAAUGCACGUGAUGAAACCAAGAAGACAGCGAAUGACAUGAUUCAUGCCGAGAACAUGCGGCAGGGCCGUGACAAGUACAAGACACUCCGCCAGAUCCGUCAGGGCAACACCAAGCAGCGGAUUGAUGAAUUUGAGUCCAUGUAGUCAUUCCAGCCUCUGCUGUACCUCCCCCUCCAUCCUCCCCUCCCCCAUGCAAAUGUGCGAUGCCGGAACCAUCCACUACAGGAGAGUGAAUAGAACAGCCUCCUGGGCUGAUGUUCAAAAUAGGACCAAACAGGAAGAAAAAGCAAAAGUCAGUUGUGCCUUAUUAUUGCAGUUUUCCAGGGGCCUGCCUCUGUUUAGUAGGGGUGAUGAGCUUAAGUAUCAUAAUGCUUUUUAUUGCUUAUAAGAAAUAUAUUAGUGCAGUUGCUGCCGGCACCGCUGAGCUGCCGGGGAGCCGAUAUCUAACCACGGACCACCUCCCCCUCCUAACCUCCCUUGCUGGGGUCUGGAGGGGCACGGCCUUGCUCUGACCUAAUUGAAGUCCCUGUGGUGGUUUUCGCUUGCUUUACUUGGGAAGAGGAGAUUGUGGAGAAGGGAAGGAAGCACCGAAGGGCGAUGGCCAGCCUGCCUUCUCCCUUCUUGGUGCCAAAGAGCAAAACGCUGAGCAGACCAAGCCAAUCCCUCUGGUCUCCUUAAAUUUCUCCAAGUGCUCCUUACUGAGACUGUUGGACAAAAUUGGAUGCUCCUUCCCUUCUUCCCAUCUUCUGAGUAGACUUGCUACAGAACUGUUGUCUUCCCAAAAGGAAAAAAGGUUGACCAUGGAGCAGUUGCCAUUCCUUUUGCCAACCUUGUCAAAACAUUUCAGAGAGGUUGUGAGUCAGCUGGAAAUCUCAAAGGGUGAGACAUGGCUGCAAACUGCACCACUUAGCCUUUUAGGUCAUGCCUCCCAUGUGUGUGUGUGCCCACGGACAUGCAUGAUGGUGCCUUAAUGACACUCUAGUUGUGUAACAUUUUACAAAAGUCUUCUUAGUUCCAGUAAUGCAAAACCAAAAAUACUUUCCACAAAGAUGUAUUUUGUGUGUUAAUCUCCAUGUUGCCGGCCGUUCUACUGUUAGGAAGGUUAGGUUUUGUUUUCACAGGGUGCCCUUUCUGCUCCUCAUUUCCAGAUCCUGUCCCUCAGAGGGCCUCCAGGUCUUUGGCUCUAGAUAAAAACGGGUGGUUGGACUUACAGGUCUCUCUCAGUGGUUGGGUUGCUUGGCGGUUUUCCAGUAACCUUUAAAAGGGGCCCCCUUUUUGAGUUUCCCCGGGGUGCCUGUCCUGGCCCCCUUUGCUUAGCACCCUUCAAGACGUUUGCUACACAUUUGGCCUUUUUCUGCCUUCCACACACACACAAAUGUACACACACCAACCCCAGCUUGCAUUUAUCCCAAAAGUAUUAUUCUGAAACAGCACCACAGCUCUAAAAGCAAAUUGUACUGGGUGUAAGGUUGGCCAAACUCAACUCCACUAAGGGUGGUGAGAAGGAGUUGCUGCACAACUGUCCCAGAGCACCACCUCGGGCCCAGGGCCUUGAGGCUGUGCCCGGAGACCUGCACCUUGCAGCCAGAGGCGUCACAGUGUAAGCAGCCAAACUUUUCCAGAAAAAGACCCUGCAGAUUGCCCUUCUCCUCCCUUCCUCUUCCUCCCCUUCCUUCUUCCGAUUCUACAUGCCUUUGGGAAGGGACGGAUGAGAGGAUGUGGACAAUCAUCGUCUUCUCCCCUAACUCCCCCUGAAAUACACCAUGCCAUGGCUUUGAACCAUUUCCUAAAAAUUACUCAUUGGGAUGAUUUCCAAAGAGUUUCUCUGAUUCACCAUGAAAAUGUGUGGUGCUGACUCUGCUUCUGGGCCUUCCUGUAAACUCGGCCUAAGCUUGCCAGAGGCCUACUUGGAUUUCCUUCCUUUGGCCCUGCGAAAAUGCCUUCCAGAUGGUUUCUCCCAGGACCCAGGCGCUGUGGGGCUGCCAAUGCUGGGUGCUUCCGGGGUAGGCAGUGGCCCGCCGGGGGCCGUGAGUUUGCCUCCUCGGAAGUUGGUUCAGCUCUUCCCUGAUCUUAACCAGUAUUACGUGCUCCAGUGACAAUGGUAUUGAUUUCAUGCCCUUUUCUAGCUAUGCAUGAUUAGAAAAUAUUAAUCUCAGAAGUGUUGAGGGGAAGUAACUUUGUUCUCCCUUCUUCAUAGAAAAGGUAUACUGUGUUGUAAAGAGAUGAUAUUUUGCAGAAAUUAAUGUAAGAUACAUUCAGUAUUACAAUGAGAUUUUUAGAUUUUUUUUUAAUUAUUGGGUUAGAAAACAUGGAGUUUUUUUUUCUCCCUCUCUGCUCCCCCAUUUGUUUACUGCUACACCUGGAUAUGUGCUAUCCUUCUGGGGGAGGGAGUUUGCCUCAUUAAUCAUCUUUUCUUUUGUCUGGCUUUGUAUUUGUGUUAUGGAAUUUUUGCUGUAAAUUAUGUCUUCUUUUUUGACUAUCCUUUUUACAUGUAAUGUCAACACACCAGCCUUUUCAGGGGAGGGCCUGCAAGGCGGCCUGUGGGGGGAAGCAGAGAUCUCCUCCCCCCACCACACUUGCUGCUGUCCGAGGUGUUUGACUCGAUCCCCCCUCUCUCUUUGCAUCAGUGCCAAUAAAGUUUAGACCAAGGCA